UGCUCUUCUUUGCCCUUGCUGCAGUUGUUGUGCCUGUGAAGUAGUUACACAAAUCUGUGUUUUGAAUAAUUUAUUUUCUUUUCAUACCUGGAACCUUCCUUUGCUGGCAUACUUGUGUCCAACUGGAAAUGAAUACUAUAAGGAAUCUGUUGAUGCCGAAAGCACCCUCAAUAUCCUCAACGUGUUGGAUGAGCUGCUGUCAGCUGGAACUGACAGACGGAUUCACUACAUGAUUUCUAAAGGAGGGAGCGAGGCCCUCCUUGGUGUGCUGGUGAAAGUGGCCAGAGUCCCCACUCCCAAUUACACUGUCCUGCUUCCAUUGCUGCAUCUCCUGGCCAAAGUGGGCCACCGAGACAGAAGGAUUGGUCAGAAAGCAAAGGAAGUGGGGGCAGUGCUUCUCACCCUGGAUCUACUGCAGCAGAAUCUGAAAUGCGCCAGGAGGGCGACGGCCUGUCUCUGGGUUCUUCGGGUCUUCUGCUCCUCUGUUUCCGCCGCUGCACUGAUUGGCAAAAACAGAGGCCUGGAUAUUGUAUUUAAGCUGAUAUCCCCUCAUACGACAAAGCAUAUACACAUGGUGAAGGCAGCCGUAGAUACACUAGGGGCAAUAUUGCAUUCGAAGUCCAACAGCAAUUCUGCGGUCUCCAAGGGUUACGUCUCCUGCCUGCUGAAGCUAUAUGAGGACUGGCAACUCAAAGACAGAGGGAAUGCCCACGUUCCCAUCCGCAGGGCACUGCUCCACUGCCUGCACUCUGCCGCCAAGACAGCUGCUGGGCGGGAUGCCCUGGUGGCGGAGGGAGGCAUGGCACUGCUGUUCCAAACCACCCAGGCUUGCUUGGGCACUAAGUGUCUGGAAUCCCUGAUCGACUCUGCCGUCCAGCUGAUGAGGAAGUGCCAUCCGAAGUGUCCUCUUCCGCUGACCUCAGAUCAGAGUUUCUACAGCUUCCCUCUACCAGGGAAGCCUGUCUCGAGUGUACCCACUGAUCCAGAGCCCCGAGAUGACAGUUUUGAAGAUGACAGCGACGACGACAGCAAAACUGAUGAGGCCGACCGCGGGGAAUAUGACGAUGAUCUGGAGACAGACUUGGAAAAGCUACGCAGCAGGCCAGAACCAGACAGACCCUUGGAGCAGCUAGGCCAGUAUGUCCGGCUGUGUCCGGAGCUGCACCAUGACUUCCCGGACCUGGACUCUGGCUCAGAGGUCGAGGGUAGUUCGGAUGAGGAACUUGUAGCCGAUGAAGAAGGCAUAAAUCACUGUAAACAGCAAAGGAUAUCGCGCCACCAGCAGGAAAGAGGGAGCUCUUUGUCCACCAGUCCCCUUGAGAAGCAGGCCACCCCUGCAGAGGUGAAGACAUCCCCCAUCCGUGAGGGAGGAGGUCCAGCUGAGAACCACCUAAAAGCCAGAGACAUGCACAGCCGCUGUCUCGGCAGGCCCAGGGCCAAACAGGACAGUCACAGCAUGGUGGACAGACUCUUGGAAAGACAUGGGGCCUGCAUCCCUAAUCACGAUCCAUGCAAGUACACUGCCGCUGCCGCCCAAACAAAGUCCAUUGCUGGCUACUCCAUCCUAGCCUUUCCAGACUUCUGGGGCCACCUUCCACCAAGCCACCAGGAGCCAAUGGCAAGCCGGAAACCAAAUGUGCAGAGACAAAAAGUGUUAGAAGACAUUCAGCGCUUUCUCUGUCCUGAGGAUGUUAUUGAUCAAGUUGUGUUCGACUUGGAGGAUCCCAGUCCUCCAGGCCUGUUUCAACACCCCGAUUCCCUGCGCUUCUACUCCAAGUUUGAAUGUGGAAACCUGCGCAAAGUUAUCCGUGUUCGCAAUUGCGAAUACGACCUGAUCUUGAAUCCAGAUGUGAACUGCUCAGAGCACCUCCAGUGGUUCUACUUUGAGGUCAGCGGAAUGCAGGCCAACGUCCUCUAUCGCUUCAACGUCAUCAACUGCGAGAAAGACAACAGCCAGUUCAAUUACGGGAUGCAACCUGUUCUCUACUCUGUUUGCGAAGCUCUUCUGGGUCGCCCACACUGGCUGCGAGUCGGCAGCGAGAUCUGCUACUACAGGAACCAUUUCUGCCCUAGCGACCACCAGAAAGGCCCCUCAUACUACACACUGAGCUUCGACGUGACCUUUCGACACAGCGACGAUGUCUGCUACCUAACAUACCAUUACCCAUACACAUUCUCCACCCUGCAGACGCACCUGCAGAUGCUGGAACAGUCGGUCGACCCCAGCAAGGUGUUCUUCAGACAGCAAAGCCUGUGCAGCACCUUGGGAGGAAACCCAUGUCCCCUGGUGACUGUCACCGCCUGCCCCCCAUCCCACAGCUGGAGUCACCUGUACCAGCUCCGUAACCGACCAUAUGUGGUGCUAACGGCCCGGGUGCACCCUGGAGAGAGCAAUGCCAGCUGGGUAAUGAAGGGUACCCUGGAGUUCUUGUGUAGCAGCGACCCUGUUGCAGAGGGAUUGCGUGAGGCCUACAUCUUCAAGAUCCUCCCCAUGCUCAACCCAGACGGGGUCAUCAAUGGCAUGAGCCGCUGUUCAUUGAAUGGAGAGGAUCUUAAUAGGCAGUGGAUGAAGCCUGACUCUGGCCUCAGUCCCACAAUAUUCCACACCAAAGGCUUCCUGUACUACCUCAGCAGCAUUGGGAGGACUCCGCUGGUGUUCUGUGAUUACCAUGGCCACUCCAGGAAGAAGAAUGUUUUUUUGUAUGGCUGCAGUGUAAAGGAGACACUCUGGCAGUCUGGAUCGACAGUCAACACUGCCACACUGAAGGAGGACCCCGGAUAUAGGACGAUCCCAAAAACCCUGGACAGGAUUGCCCCAGCGUUCUCCUUCAACAGCUGCAACUACUUAGUGGAGAAGUCACGAGAGGCAACCGCACGGGUGGUUGUGUGGCGUGAACUGGGGGUCCUGAGGAGCUACACCUUGGAGAGCACAUACAAUGGCUGCGACCAGGGCAUCUACAAGGGCCUGCAGACGGGUACGAGAGAGCUGGAGGAGAUGGGCCUGAAGUUCUGUCAGAGCCUUCUGUCCCUCCGGAGGAACACUCUGAUCUACAGCAGGAAGUUCUUCAACCAUGCUUCUGCCCUCCUGGACCUGGACGACAGCCUCUUGGACCACAAGUCCCACAACUCUUUUGAGGAUGACGAGCCACCUUGCCAGGAGGAGAUUGAGUACCUAAGCGACAGCUGUCCAGGGUUUGACAGUGACGAGCUGAACUCUGAGCUUAAUGGCAACCUGUGCAGCUCCGAAGAGGAGGGAGGUGAGGAGGAGGCACGGGGAGGGCCCAAGAAUGGCCUCCUGCACCCAGACAGGAAGCCACGUCUCAUUCCUCAAUUUAUGCACGAGGCCUCUCCAGAGACGCCAAAUAUCAAUAGCGGCAUGCGUAGCGCCAUUGACAUUGUCAACGGGGAGUACUUCACUUAAUGGAUGACGCCACAACAUUCAGGUUCUCUGAGGCUUCUCAACUUAGAAUGUAAAGUCUGCUACAUGCGUCAUCUGUGAUAAACUGUUGAGCCUUUUGAAAAAUUUUCUGAAAGCCCAGAUGAAGAAUAGUUGUGGAUGUUCAUAUAACUCCACAAAAGGAAGUAACUCCUGUAACUCCUUUAGCAGUACUGCCAUACCUUACCACGCACAAAACAAGGUGAGAGGGAAACAGAAGCCUGACCAUUUAGAGGUGGUGUCAGACAUAAGAAGUAGAUGCUGUAUGGCGUUAUUUCCGCUUUCCAAAGGCUAAUGAAUACAAAACCCUCUUGAAUUUUGAUACUGAUAGCUGGACAAAAUGUUUUCUUGACAUUGUGACUGAUACCUGUGGCUCACAAGGCCAACAUAUGCAAAGCUGUUGUACUACCCAAAUAGUGUCCUCCAGUCAGUAACAAAAUAUGUUCAUACAUUUAUACUUGUGUAAAUAUUUGUUAUGCAGCUAUGCUCUUGAAAGCUCUAUGCUUUCUCAAACAUCAAAAUUAUAAUCUUAAAGAUAUUAUGAAUUGUAGGCUGGGAUUUGUUUAUGAUUUUAAUACUGCUGCAAUGGCUGGAAAAUACCUAAACAUUUUUACCAGAUGUAAUUAUGAUGCAUCUUGAUUAAUGCACAAAAUCAGCUUUCAGUAGUGGGAUUUAUGCUAGUAUUGCCUGGUAUGGCAUUUCUUUACAGUAUGUUUCAACCAAAGAAAGUGGUGCAUGUAGAACUAAACAUACUGUACAUUAAAUUAUUACGUACAUUAUCAAAUAAUGUAUUUUGAUAACAGCCAUAUUCUUGUCUGUAUGUAUGACAGUGAGACCUGGGUCAAAUAUGAAUUUGUUUUGGAUUCAAAUAUUUUUCUAAGCAUUACUGAUCUUGUCUAAUGUAUUGGA